CCAACGGUUUGCACGCUUUCACGUUGGCUUGCACGCUGAGUAGUGAGUACUAGCUAGCACUUGCAGUACUCCGCCGCUCGCCGAAUCCAGCUCACGCCCGGCCGCGAUGCGCCCGCACGCCACGAGCGUCGAGAAGGCGACCGCGCCGUAUGGGUCCUGGGAGUCGCCGAUCAGCGCCGCCGCUGUCUCCGCCGCCGGGAAGGCCAUCGAGGGGCUCGCCGUCGCCGGUGACGGCCGGCUCCUCUGGGUCGAGACGCGCCCCGAGGAAGGAGGACGCGCGGUUCUCGUGAAGGAAGGGGCCGGCGCAGGCGGCAGAGGUUCGGAUGUGACGCCGCAGGAGUUCGCCGUGCGGUCGCUGGCGCAGGAGUACGGCGGCGGCGCGUUCGCCGUGCAAGGGGAUGUCGUCGUGUUCUCCAAUUACAGCGACCAGCGCCUGUACAAGCAAACCAUUGGAGAUAACUCGCCGCUACCUCUGACACCGGAUUAUGGUGGAUCGGUUGUCCGCUAUGCGGACGGUGUCUUUGAUCCUCACUUCAGUCGUUAUGUCACUGUAAUGGAAGAUCACCGCAAGAGUAGCUCAAAUCCCAUCACAACAGUUGCUGCUGUGAGCACAAGUGUUGAAGAUGUUAACGAACCAAUUGUGCUGCUCAGUGGGAAUGACUUCUAUGCCUUUCCACGCAUUGAUCCAACUGAAAAACGCAUGGCAUGGAUUGAAUGGAGUAACCCAAACAUGUCAUGGGAUAAAGCACAAUUAUGGGUUGGAUAUUUUUCCAGCAAAGGAGAGGUGGAAAAACGUAUUUGCAUUGCUGGUGGGGACCCAGCGAUAGUAGAAUCUCCUACUGAACCCAAGUGGUCUUCAAAAGGUGAGCUGUUCUUCAUAACUGACCGACAGAGUGGAUUUUGGAACAUUUAUAAAUGGGAUGAGCAGAGCAAUUUAGCCAUGCAAGUAUACUCACUUGAUGCUGAAUUCUCGAAGCCAAUGUGGGUUUUUGGUGUCAGCUCCUAUGCUUUCCUCGGAAAUGACGACCAGAGUCAGAAAAUAGUUUGCUGCUACAGGUUGUCGCAGUUUUCAGUAUUGUCCGUAUUUGUUUUAUGGUUGUAUGUGAUUCAUAAAGAUAAGCCUGUUUUUCUCUUAUCCAGGCAGAAUGGGAAGUCAUAUGUUGGGUUGCUGGACCAUGAUUCAGGGUCAUUUUCAAAAUUUGACCUUCCCUUCUCUGCUGUAACUAACAUAGUUUGUGCAGAUGGAUCUUUCUAUGUUGAGGGUGCAUCUGCUGGUCUUCCAGUAUCAAUAGCAAAGGUGACACUAGAUGAAAAGAGAACAAUGGCAACUGACUUUUCUAUAGUUUGGUCCUCCUCAGAGGACAUAACGAAAUAUACACCCUACUUCAGUUUGCCUGAAUUUAUGGAGUUCCCAACCGUAAUCCCUGGCCAGCAUGCUUACGCUUAUUUCUAUCCUCCAUACAACCAUACUUUCGAAGGUUCAUCAGAUGAGAAGCCUCCAUUAUUGGUCAGAACCCAUGGUGGACCUACAGAUGAAGCACGUGGGACUCUUGAUCUUAGUGUGCAAUACUGGACUAGCCGAGGAUGGGCAUUCGUUGAUGUUAACUAUGGGGGAAGCGCAGGCUAUGGGAGAGAUUAUCGAGAGAGGCUUUUGGGGCAAUGGGGUGUUGUGGAUGUAAAUGAUUGCUGCAGCUGUGCUACAUUUCUGGUGGCAACUGGAAGAGUAGACGCGCAACGACUCUGUGUAACAGGAGAAUCUGCUGGUGGAUUUACAACUUUAGCUUGCCUUGCUUUUAGACAGAUUUUCAAGGCCGGUUCUUCUUUAUACGGGAUUGCUGACUUGGCUUCAUUAAGGGCAGGCAUGCACAAGUUUGAGGCGUACUAUAUUGACAACCUUGUGGGGAAUAAGCAGGCUUACUUUGAGAGGUCGCCAAUAAACUUCGUUGAGAGAUUUACAUGUCCGGUCAUUUUGUUUCAAGGAUUGGAUGACCCGGUUGUAUCACCAGAUCAGGCAACAACAAUAUACAAGGCUAUAAAGGACAAAGGUCUGCCUGUUGCUUUGGUUGAGUAUGAAGGGGAACAACAUGGUUUCCGCAAGGCCGAGAACAUCAGGUUUACCUUGGAGCAGCAGAUGAUGUUCUUUGCAAGAUUGGUGGGACACUUCAAGGUGGCAGAUAACAUUGCUCCGAUCAGGAUCGACAAUUUUGAUAAAGCCCCAUGAUUGUUUCGAAGGACAAUUGAGCGUCUCUCAGUUGAUGAGGGUGUUUUCGUGCCAACACGCCCACAUGAUCUCAACCUCCAUGAAGCAGAAUAAAGGGACUAAGGGAGUGAACUUCCUGGAUUGUAUCAUUUCCUUGUAAUCGUUUUAAAGUGAUGUGACAAGUAUACUGCUUAAGCAUCAACUAGUGAACUUUUUCUUUCGGCAUGAUACACCUCUGGACCAAAUUUCAGUAGUGACGAGAGUGGCGGCAUUAUGAUUUA